AUGAACUCUCAAAUUUCCUCCAACAAGAGUCAGAUGCAGGAGGGGAACCAGAGUGCAGUCUUCACCUUCGUCUUCUUGGGCUUCUCAGAAUAUCCAAAGCUCCAGGUGCCCCUGUUCCUGGUGUUCUUGACCAUCUACACAAUUUCUGUGCUGGAAAACCUCGACAUGAUAUUGAUUAUCAGGAUCAACCCCAAACUCCACACUCCCAUGUACGUUUUCCUCAGCCAUUUAUCCUUUGUCGAUUUUUGCUAUACCACCACAAUUGCACCCAAACUUUUAGACCUUUUGAUUGUGGAGGACAGAAGCAUGUCCUUCAAAGGAUGCAUAGCACAGUUUUUCUUUGGUUGCACAUGUGUCAUUACCCAAACAUUUAUUUUGGCAGCGAUGGCCUAUGACCGGUUUGUGGCUGUUUGUAACCCCCUGCUCUACAAGAUUGCUAUGUCGCGAAAGCUGUGCGCUCUCCUGGUGGCUGGAAGUUACAUAUGGGGCGGAAUCUGUUCCUCCACACUCACGUAUUUUCUCCUGGCACUAUCUUACUGUGGCUCUGGAAUCAUCAAUCACUUUUGCUGUGAGUACUCUGCCAUCAUCUCUGCAUCCUGCUCGGAUUCCUCCAUCAGCCAGCUGGCCUGUUUAGUCAUCUGUAUGUUCAACGAGGUUUGCAGCCUGCUGAUCAUCCUUACCUCCUAUGUCAUCAUAGUCAUUACAGUCAUCAAGAUCCCUUCUAAGGGUGGCCUCAGAAAAGCCUUCUCCACCUGUGGCUUCCACCUGACUGCCAUCUGCUUCUGCCAUGGGGUCAUCCUCCUUCUCUACUGUGUGCUCAAAUCUAAAAGUUCCUUGCUCCUCGUCAAAUUUGCCACGGUGUUUUACAGCAUGGUCAUCCCCAUGCUAAACCCCCUUAUCUACAGUCUAAGAAAUAAAGAUGUCAAGGAGACCUUGAGAAAGUUAGUGCACUUAAAAGUGCUUUCUCACUCAUGA